AUGAAGAGCGAGGAGGAUUUUCCGUCUGUUCCCGCCAUCGUGGACCAGAACGGUGACACCAAAGUGGUACCGGUACCGGAUGACGACGACCCCUGGGCCCUGCCGGAUAUCUGCGAACAGGGGCCGAGAUGGUCAGAUCUACCUCCAUCGGCCAAAGUCCGCCGAGUUCUUCUGGGCCUGGGCAAGGCAUUUUGCCUGAUCGGCUUGCUCUGGUGCUUCGUCUGUUCUCUGGAUCUGCUGAGCACAUCAUUCCGCCUACUCGGCGGAAAACAGGCCGGUCGGGUGUUCCGCGACAGCGAGCUUCUGCGGAACCCUGUAGUCGGGCUCAUGAUAGGCGUGCUGGCCACGGUACUCGUCCAGAGUUCUUCUACGUCCACGUCCAUCGUCGUCACCAUGGUUGGUACAGGAUUGCUGAGGGUCCGUGACGCUGUGCCAAUUGUGAUGGGUGCCAACAUCGGUACUUCAGUUACUAAUACGAUAGUGUCUCUGGGCCAGGCUUCCGACCGCAGAGAAUUUCGGAGGGCAUUCGCUGCAGCCACCAUCCACGAUAUGUUCAACUGGCUGGCAGUCAUUGUCCUGCUACCCUUGGAAGUAGCGACAGGCUACCUCGAGAAGCUGACAGAGGCCAUCAUGGCAUCUGGUAACUGGCAUCAUGUGGAAGGUGCUCAGAAGAAAGCCUUCUUGCAGAGACUCACCAAACCUAUCACGUCGCUGGUAGUGCAGUUGGACAAGAAGACACUUGAAAAUCUGGCGUCUGGCCAAGCUAAUGAAACAGAUGUCUCUCUUCUUAAAAGGUGUUCGAAGAAUGAAACCGAUUACCCUUGUGGUUAUUUACUGGAAAUGAUCCCGUGGUCGGAUUCUGCUUUGGGAGCACUUCUGCUGUUCUUCUCCCUGGUGUUGCUCUGCUCCUGCCUCGUCUCGAUGGUGAAACUCCUACAUUCCAUGCUCGGCGGGCCCAUUGCAUCCCUCCUGAGACGCCUCAUCAAUGCCGAGCCGCCAUUCCCAUACAGCCUCGUCGUGGGGUAUGCCGCGAUGGCUCUCGGCUGCGCCAUGACAGUUCUAGUACAGAGCAGCUCCGUCUUCACUUCAGCCCUCACGCCCCUCGCUGGAGUGGGGAUCGUGUCUCUAGAGAGAAUCUAUCCUCUAACUCUCGGUUCCAACAUUGGAACCACCACGACAGGCUUGUUGGCAGCCUUUGCAGCACCACCGGCGGCGCUCAAGGACACCCUGCAGAUAGCAUUCUGCCACCUGUUCUUCAACCUGACUGGUAUUCUCCUGUUCUAUCCCAUCCCAGCCACGAGACUUCCUAUACCUCUGGCGAAAUUGCUGGGCUCUGUGACGGCCGAGUACAGGUGGUUUUCGAUCCUAUACCUCUUUAUGAUGUUUCUAGCUUUGCCAGCCACGGUUUUCGCUCUAAGCACGGCUGGACCCGUAGCUUUCGCUUCAGUCGGUGGACCAAUUGUCUUGAUCUUGGCCAUUGUAGUUGCGAUCAACGUUCUACAGCGGAAACGACCUUCCAUCUUACCGCUAAAACUCAGAGACUGGUCCUUCUUGCCCAUGUGGAUGCAUUCCUUGGAUCCCCUGGACAGGGUUUUCGCCAAGGUUUGUUUCUGCUGCAAGAGCUUGCAAGACACGCGACGAGACGCACCCGCGCUAGGAAUGGUUCCCAACCAAUCGCAGAUGAACAUCCUCCAGCCAUGUUCUACUUCUUCGUCUGUGUUGACCCUAAACUCAACUUGCGGACCUGAGUACCAUACCAUGAAUGGAUUCGAAAACUGCGCCUUCGGUAAUUUGCCACCUAAGAGGAAAUCGUCUGGCAACAACAAUAACAAUACCCUUGAUAAGGAUUGGGACUUUAGUGGUACAACUACCGCCUUGUGAUGAAUUUAACGCAGGACUUAGUUUUAGCAGCUUGUUUAAUGCCGGUUUCACAGCAGCGGCGACAGCCACAAAAUACGUCGAUGUCCUCCUUGUUGCUAUGGUGUCAAACUGACAACGACCGCGUUCUUAUUUCAUUUGACUCCACAACGGAAUCAGCAAGGUCUUCUGGAUGAGAGCCAUUUUUAAUAUUGGAAUGAAUGGCUGCCAAUCAGCAAGUGAUUGACGACACAAGGGCGUGUCAAUUAAACUGUGCAAAACCAAGGACGUGAGCACUGAAUCUGUGGCAAAGAUUUCGUCACUGUCGCAACCGAUGUGCAACCAGUACGAGAGAGACUGAGAGAGACUAUUUAUUCCUUCCCACAAUACUGAGACAAUGAAACUGACAUGAGCGUGAAGUUGAGACGGCCAAUUCUCUUGUUCAACACACUGACUCAUCCAAAAAAUAUAAAAAAAUCUUUUCAUGAAAGAAAGUGCCUGGUUGGGAAGUUUCAUUGUCCUCUAAUAUUAUGAACAUUUGAUCUCCUCAAAAAACUCUGGAAAAAAAACAUGGGAAUGAAAAUUUCUUGAACUAUACUCAAUUCAGCGAGAGCUAAUACAGGAAGUAAACAAAGAGGGUUACUACUUUCAUGACUUACUCGCCUGAUUGGCAAUGCUGUUCGCAUUGAAAUCGCGGACAUUUCACUUAUCUGAUUGGCACUGUUUUCAAUCAUCCCACCGCCAAACAGACGGCGGUAACGCCAAUUGUCACGUUGCUUUGUUUACGUUCACUAUCAGCUCUCGCUAAAUGGACUAUAAUAGUUGCGUGUUUCACACA